ACUUCGCAGAGGGUAAAUCGAAGGGAGCAUGACGACUCGAAUCGCGCCAGGUGUGGGCGCAAAUCUUCUGGGCCAGCACUCUGCCGAGCGCAACCAGGACGCCACUGUCUACGUCGGCAAUCUCGACACCAAAGUCAGUGAAGAGUUAUUAUGGGAGUUGUUUGUACAAGCAGGUCCAGUUGUCAAUGUAUAUGUACCCAAAGAUCGAGUUACAAAUGCCCAUCAAGGUUAUGGUUUUGUGGAGUUCAGAAGUGAAGAGGAUGCUGAUUAUGCAAUCAAGGUCUUAAAUAUGAUCAAACUAUAUGGAAAGGCCAUACGUGUGAAUAAGGCAUCACAAGAUAAGAAAAGUGUGGAUGUGGGAGCAAACCUUUUUAUUGGGAAUCUUGAUCCUGAUGUGGAUGAAAAACUCCUGUAUGACACAUUCAGUGCUUUUGGAGUCAUUGUUACAAAUCCAAAGAUAAUGAGAGAUCCAGAUACUGGGAAUUCACGUGGUUUUGGUUUCAUUAGUUAUGAUUCUUUUGAGGCCUCUGAUGCUGCUAUUGAGACGAUGAAUGGCCAAUAUCUCUGUAAUCGCCAGAUUACAGUAUCUUAUGCAUACAAGAAAGACACAAAAGGAGAGCGGCAUGGUACACCUGCUGAAAGGGUUUUGGCUGCAAGCAAUCCAACUACCCAGAAAAAUAGGCCUCACACAAUGUUUGCGAGCGGACCUCCAUCACUUCCCCAGGCAAAUGCUGGCGUUAGUGCUCCUGUACCUCCACGGCCAUUCGCAAAUGGCAGUGUUCCUCCAUCUCCUAUCCCGACACUUCGUCCGCCACCUCCACAACCCCAACAAGCUGCCUAUCCACCAAUGCAAAUGGCUGCUCAAUCUUGGCAGGGUCAACCACUUCAACCUGGUCCACCUCCUCCAAUGCAGCAUUUCGGCAGCAUGCCACCACCACCACCCCAAGUGGCUCCACCUAUGGUCAGGCCUCCUCCACCACCUUCUGGACUUGCUGCUCCACCUAUCUGGCGGCCACCACCACCACCUCAGCAUCUCACUGGCGGACCACAUUCCAUGCCACAUAUGUCAAUGCCUCAACAGAUGCAAGGCAUGCCGCCUCCACCGCCACCACAGUAAUGGUAGAAACUUCGAUGGUAUACUCUGUUGCUGCCUAUGAGAGUUUACCUCUUUGAUUUUAAAAUGGUUGCUGUUGUUAUAUCCCUAGCUAGGAAAUGUUUAUGCGGUGGACAAGAAUAUCUUUUUGGCCGUUAAUUGCAUGUUUCAUCUUUCUUAAUGUGCAAUCUGUGUUUUGCUGAGAUGAUAAUUCUUGAUAAUAUAGAAUUACAACUUUUAUAA